CUGGUGACUGGGCUAGUCAAACCAGGCUCUUGACCCACUAUCUCUAGCACAACCCCCACUCAGCCACAGUGCCGAACUAGUGGGAUUGCCCUACGAGGGGCACAGGUGGGAGGAAGCCCAGUUUAAAAUAAGCACUGAGGAGCUUCCAGUGACUUCCGCAGCUGAGCAGAUGGGCACUAAGGGGGCCAAAAAAACCAGGCUCUGGUUGGAUCUCAGGUCUCAAGAUGGUUGUACUGGAAGAACUAUUUUUCUACCUUACAACACCCCCCCAUAUAUAUCAAUGUUGAAAUAUUCAUCAAUAUAUCAAUACACAUACUGAUCACAGUUGGUGAAUCCAUGUGGGCAAAGCCCCAUACUGGAGUAGGACUUGGGGUCGCCUUUGCCAUGGAUACUGAGGGACUCUGAUGUCUCUGGUGCUGAAGUCUUGACAGUUUGGCAUCUGGACCACACUGUAAAAUUCCAGAACUACCACUGGACUCCACUUAAAUGUGUAUAGUAGGACCAGACCAACCCAUGCUGGAAAGAAGGGAAGCAGGAGAAAGAACUUGAAGAAGAACAUUAUUGGGAUUGGAGGUACAAAAACUCUCUACUGUGACGGCUGUACCAAAAGUCCUGUCCUGCCACCUUGGCAUGGAAGCCUCUCCCUGACCCAGGCAUCCUUUUCUGGGAUGCGUGGUAAACUCCCCGUCACUCUUGCCACUGACUACUUGGAAGCAGAAGGACCUGGGGGAUGCUUCCAGGCAGAGGGGGUCUCCGUUGCCUGAGCAGACUUCUCUAACCUCCAUGAGCACUGCUCCUGGCGGGGGUAUGCCCCAGCCGGCAGCAGCAGGUCUAAGUGGAUGCCUAGGUGUGCAGGUUCCUGACUCCCAGCCUCUUGCGCCCGGCACUCCUGAAGCGGGGCCCCACCACGAGACUUACCGCCACGUGCGUCACAGUCUCAGUCUUCAGGGCCAAUGGGCCCCACAGUGGGCAGUGCUCUGAGUUUAAGAGCCAAAGCCCAGAAGACGGGGAGGCAAUAAGUCACGUGCUAAGUCCGCCUGACCUGGAGAGGUGCCUGGCCCAGUUCCUCUUCCAGCUUUGUGGUGUUGCUUUUGUUUUCUUCCACUUGGGAGCCCCCCACCCCCACCCCGCCACCACAGUAAUGCUGAAAGAAACGCUUUAUCUGUGCCUACUCUGUGCUUUACAUCCACCCUCAGACAUUCUUACGACUCUCUUGACGAGGUAGGUAUUUUUCCUGCUUUACCAAUGAGGAAACUGUACAAGGAGGUUAAGUGCUUAUCCAAGGCUUACCUGGUAGUUGAGACUGGAUCGCCAGCCCAAAGUCAGGAGGGGCUUUCUUUUUGCCUCAGCAAGCUGCUGCUGGGAACCCACGAGGCUCUAGAAAGUUCUGGGAUAAAAUAGAUUUCUUUAUAAAGAGGCUCGGGAUUUCCUGGGCUUAGUCCCCAGCAAGGAAGUCAGCUGCUGAGUGCUGCGAGAGCAACAGGCGGGUUCCUGCCUGCACGGGGAGUCUGUGAGAACAGGCAGGUGGAGCUCUCGCUCCGCGCCAUGGCCCCUCUGCGGUCUCUGCAGCCGUUUGCAUUUCCUGAAACCGGAUCUUUGUGUCAGAGCCGCCCCCAAGGCCGGGCUGGCGCCUCAGCCAUGGCCCUUCGCAAGGAGCUGCUUAAGUCCAUCUGGUACGCUUUCACUGCACUGGACGUGGAGAAGAGCGGCAAGGUCUCCAAGUCCCAGCUCAAGGUGCUGUCCCACAACCUGUACACCGUCUUGCACAUCCCCCACGACCCCGUGGCAUUGGAGGAGCACUUCCGAGAUGAUGACGAUGGCCCUGUCUCCAGCCAGGGAUACAUGCCCUACCUCAACAAGUACAUCCUGGAUAAGGUGGAGGAGGGGGCUUUUGUUAAGGAGAAUUUUGAUGAGCUGUGCUGGACCCUGACGGCCAAGAAGAACUACCGGGCAGAUAGCAACGGGAACAGCAUGCUCUCCAAUCAGGAUGCCUUCCGGCUCUGGUGCCUCUUCAACUUCCUGUCUGAAGACAAGUACCCUCUGAUCAUGGUUCCCGAUGAGGUGGAAUACCUGCUGAAGAAGGUGCUCAGCAGCAUGGGCUUGGAAGUGGGCUUGGGGGAGAUGGAGGAGCUGCUGGCCCAGGAGGCCCAGAAAGCCCAGACGACUGGGGGCCUCAGUGUCUGGCAGUUCCUGGAGCUCUUCAACUCGGGCCGCUGUUUGCGAGGCGUGGGGCGGGAUACCCUCAGCAUGGCCAUCCACGAGGUCUACCAGGAGCUCAUUCAGGAUGUCCUGAAACAGGGCUACCUGUGGAAGCGAGCGCACCUGAGGAGGAACUGGACAGAACGCUGGUUCCAGUUGCAGCCCACCUGCCUCUGCUACUUUGGGAGUGAAGAGUGCAAGGAGAAAAGGGGUACUAUCCCGCUGGAUUCGCAGUGCUGCGUGGAGGUACUGCCUGACCGAGAGGGGAAGCGCUGUAUGUUCUGUGUGAAGACCGCCACCCGCACCUACGAAAUGAGCGCCUCUGACACGCGCCAGCGCCAGGAGUGGACGGCAGCCAUCCAGACGGCCAUCCGGCUGCAGGCCGAGGGGAAGACGUCGCUGCACAAGGAUCUGAAGCAGAAGCGGCGCGAGCAGCGGGAGCAGCGGGAGCGGCGCCGGGCGGCCAAGGAGGACGAGCUGGUGCGGCUGCAGCAGCUGCAGGAAGAGAAGGAGCGGAAGCUGCAGGAGCUGGAGCUGCUGCAGGAGGCGCAGCGGCAGGCCGAGCGCCUGCUGCAGGAGGAGGAGGAGCGGCGCCGCAGCCAACACCGCGAGCUGCAGCAGGCGCUCGAGGGCCAGUUGCGCGAGGCCGAGCAGGCCCGGGCGUCCAUGCAGGCUGAAAUGGAGCUGAAGAAGGAGGAAGCGGCCAGGCAGCGGCAGCGCAUACAGGAGCUGGAGGAAAUGCAGCAGCGGCUUCAGGAGGCCCUGCAACUGGAGGUGAAGGCGCGGCGAGACGAAGAGUCUGUGCGCCUAGCCCAGACCAGACUGCUGGAGGAGGAGGAGGAGAAGCUGAAGCAGUUGCUGCUGCUGAAGGAGGAACAGGAGCGAUACAUAGAGAGGGCGCAGCAGGAGAAGCAGGAGCUGCAGCAAGAGAUGGCAGUUCAGAGCCGCUCCCUGCAGCAAGCCCAGCAGCAACUGGAGGAGGUGCGGCAGAACCGGCAGAGGGCUGAUGAAGAUGUGGAGGCUGCCCAGAGGAAGUUGCGCCAGGCUAGCACCAACGUGAAACACUGGAAUGUCCAGAUGAACCGGCUCAUGCAUCCAAUUGAACCUGGAGACAAGCGUCCCGUCUGCAGCAGCAGCUCCUUCACUGGCUUCCAGCCCCCUUCACUUGUCCGCCGUGACUCCUCCCUAAAGCGCCUAACCCGCUGGGGAUCCCAGGGAAACAGAACCCCCUCACCCAGCAGCAAUGAGAAGUCCCUCAACGGUGAGGAGGAGGCUCCCAUCCCAUCUGCCACCCCUCAGGAAGAUAACCUGGACCCAGCACCAGAAGAUUAGUCUCUGCUAACCUCUUUUCUCCUCGACCUCGUGCCCACAAGGACCUGGCCACAGCUGGCCUGUGGGAGAGCCUGGCACCAGCAGAAGAAAGAACUGGGGUUCUGGCACCAGGGGCCUAGGCCUUCCAACCAUGAUGCAUGAAAUAGUCCAUCAUGGAAUCUGGCUCACUUUUACACCAGCCCCAAGCCCCAGAUCACUGAGACAAUCUGGGAUGCUGAUCCUUGAGACCCUGUGCCUUAAUCCCCAAGGACCUUCUGCCUUAUGUUGGCAGAGAGAAUAAACAAGCAAGCCAGGAACCACCUUGCCUCCAGACAGCCACCAAGUUGUGGAGGCACAUUUCCAAAUAAAAACUGCUCUUGGAAUGAA